AUGCGUCUCCUGUUGUAUGAUUUCUCACCAGGGAUUAUAUAUCCAAUGCCGAAUGGGACAAGAUUUGAGAUGAAAUCUGUAAUGCUACAAAUGCUUCAAACAGCUGACCAGUUUGGAGGUGCUCGUGGAGAAGACCCUCACGCCCACAUGAAAUGCUUCCUAGAGACGUGCAAUUCGUUUUUGAUUCCUGGAAUCACCCCAGAAGCUAUCAGGCUAUCCUUAUUUCCAUAUUCUCUGCGUGAUGACGCAAAGAAAUGGGCGAGUUCUUUGGAGCCUUGGGAGAUAACAACUUGGGAAAACCACGAAGCUGCAACUUACAGUAUCAUGGAUAAAUCUUACAACGAAGCUAAGGAAAUACUAGACCGCAUCGCCAAGCAUAAUAUGGAAUGGAAUGACGCAUUGUUAAAAAGCCAAGCGUCAUCCAUUAGAAAUCUGGAGAUACAAGUGGGGCAAAUUGCUAGUGAGCUAAAGAAUCGGCCGCCAAAGGUCCUACCCAGCAAUACAGAAACUCCGGGAAAUAGUAACAGAAAAGAGCAAUGUCAUGCGGUGACAUUACGAAGUGGCAAAUCUCUUGUGAAAAGAACAGUGAACCCAAGAAAUAAUAAUCCUUCAACUAAGCACACAACGCGUCCAAAGGCAUUUGAAGAUCAAGAAGAACGAACGUCUGACUCCACAAGUCAUCCCAAUCCGAGCACGUCAAAUGCAGGAGCACUUGCGGUGCAGCUAAAAGCACCAUUUCCCAUACGCUUGCUGAAGAAGAAUGAUGAGCAGCAGUUCAAGCGUUUUCUUGAACUUAUAAGGAACAUGCGCAUUAACAUCCCACUUAUAGAGGUCUUGGAACAAAUGCUCAAGUAUGUAAAAUUUCUAAAGGAUAUUUUGACGAAGAAAAGAAGAGUUAGUGAGACAAAAGUAAUUGCUCUAAUGCAAGAGUGCAAUGCAUUAGUCGGCAACAACUUACCCAAGAAACAGAAGGAUCCGGGAAGCUUCACAGUCCCGUACUCAAUCGAAGGAUUAGAUGUGGGACAUGCCUUGUAUGAUCUGGGAGCCAGCAUCAAAUUCAUACACCUCUCAAUUUUCAAGAAAUUAGGAACUGGUGAAGCACAACCCACUUCUGUAAUGUUUCAACUCGCUGAUAGAACAAUCACAUAUCCUGAAGGAAAGAUUGAAGAUGUUCUAGUGAAAGUUGACAAGUUCAUAUUCCCAGCGGAUUUCAUUACCAUUGAUUAUGAAGCAGACAGGGAUGUGCCAAUCAUUCUUGGAUGCCCUUUUCUUGCCACUAGGAAAAUGCUAAUAGACGUGCAUAAGGGAGAACAAACCAUGCACGUAGAUAACCAAGAAAUGAAAUUUAAUGUGUUAAAAGCAUUAAAAUUUUCGGAUGAUGAACAAUGUCAACUUAGCAACUCAAUAGAAUUGCCUGAAGAAGAAUAA